AUGGUUCCAAGUUUCAGCAAGACAUUGGCUUCUAUAGACGUCUCCAAGAGAUGGGGAAAAACAUUGCCGUCUACACUCGAUCCAGAACGCCAAGUCGCAGGCGCGGUGCUCGUGAUACUGCUGGCAGGCGCAGAGAGCAGACCACUGUUCAUUCUGGGUUCAUCUGGUUUAUUCAAACCACGAGAAAAAAUCGCUGCUAGCACUAGUUUGCGAAUCGAAAGCCUGCUCUCCAAGGAUGCCGUCGUUACCAUCAACGGGAAAGCUAGCUCUGGCGCCGAUCUCGCUGGACAGCUUAUCCAAGCCAGGUUCCCUGGGAGCAAGGCCACCAUCUCCUUCAAAGAAGCUGUCCAGGUUCCCGCUGGGGCCCAGCAACCCCCUGUUGCCGGCUCUGUUGGAGUCUUUUUCACCUCCACCACUGAAAAACCUGAAGUCAUUGACGACGUUCCCCCCACGCAGACGCUGACUGCCUCUGUUAAUUUAGUAAUUGCAGACGCAACCAUUUCCCGCGAUGUCGCCGUUCCAGGCGGAACGAUCAAAGAAUUGAACGCAGUGUUUCAUCUGGGAUCUGUCCACGCGUAA